AAGAUGGCGCCCGGGCAGGGCGAGCGCAGGCGGUAGGACCCCGGGCGCAGGAGCGAGAGGCCGGGUCCCGCCUCCGUUCCCUAGGCGACGACAACGCCGAGCCUCAGGCGACAUGGCGGCUCCAGGGCAGAAAGCUGGCAGAAUUUCUGAAUUUUAAACAGUUAAAUACGUCUUUGAAAGAAGAUGUUUUGCUACAUUAUUAUACUGCAGGGUUUUGCUGGGCUAAAGAAAUGAACUUCAGUCUUAUGCAGCUGUCAGGAUUCAUGGAUUUAUUACAUUUCCUGUUGGAGAACCUCAGUGGCAAGCAUAUGACCUUAGGAGAAAAUUUAAAAGAACUUGGAAAAGCAAUGGUUGGAAUAGGAGAAACUGAUUCAGAAAGAACUGGUGAUUUGAAUUUCUUCAGCAUUGAGCAAGCCAAAGCAAUCAUUGAUUACUUGACUAUCAGCUUAUUUAAACACUAUAAACUCUAUGAAUAUCUCUUCCACGGUCUUAGAGAAGAACUUGUGAUGAGUAAUGAGCAUGUGAAAGAACCUGCCCAACCUGCAGUUCCCCCUUUCCCCGCUCUGCUGGAAGAAGACAUUUCUUCUGAUACUUAUUCAUCAUUUGUAGUAUCACCAUCAGCUGAAGAGACAGAAUCUAAGCAAUCUGAUAAAGAGGGUUACCUGGAAGAGCCCCGUCCAGAGGCAGAGUCCUUUAAAGAAGACAGUGUGGCUUAUGCCACUGCUGAAGAUCAGAAUUCCACAGUGGAUGAAAUCCCACAUGAACUUAUUGGCAACCUUGAGGCAGAGAUAAAUGAAAAGCUGUGAAUGCAAGAAGAAACUUACACAGAAAAAUUAAAGAGUCCUACACGGCCAGAUAAGAAAGGUGACGUUGAAUUUUACACAAAUUGGACAUUAGGGGAUGGCUUGCACAGAAGACUGGCUCCCUGCCUGAAUGUAAUUGUUUUCUUAUAAGGGAAAAUUGCUCUGUUAACAUUUACUUAGAAGUAGUUCAUCCUAGCUCCUCAAAUUUACUGUGUUCUGCCGCUGUUGUUAUUUAGUUUAGGCUUCAGCAGAAGAUUGUAAACAGAAGGAUAUGUAAUUAAAACAUGUUGCAGGUUAGUUUAUUUCUUAAUAGAAAUUCUGUUUUUUAAAUAAAUAAAUCACUUCAGUUUCA